CUCAUCACCGGGGACUGUGCGCUUUCCGCCUACACUUCAAAGUGGACUUGAGGAUCUGUCCGGCGUCAACAUGCCCAGAGGAUUCUUAGUUAAAAGGAGUAACAAACGUACCUCUUCGUCGUCCUACCGAGCACGCACAGUCAACGAUGAGCAGCCCUGUGCGGAUUUCCCUUUGCAAACAUUGGAGGGGUCAACCAGUGUGCCGGUUGAGUUCCCGAACCUCCCGGUUCCUGUGGACGCCAGUGAGCCGUGGACCUGCGUCCCGGUUGAAGCGGACCAGGCGCAGCUACCUGAGGGUGCUGAACGAGUGGAGGUCAACAUGGACUUUGGUAAAUACGCCUUCACUGACCUGGAGCACGACAGCUCUCCGGGCCGGGCGGACCUCUCUUACAGCCCGAUAAAACCAGUUGGCACAGAGUUGGAGAAAUCAUUCUUCGACCGGUGUCUGACCACAGCGACUGCAACAGAACCGUUCCCAAUGCCCACCCCAGUGUCGUCUAUUGAAAGACUACUGAUGAACCAUGCUUCGUUUGGACACGCCGAUAUGAAGUAUGACCCUACAUUGCACCUUUAUCCUACUGUCCACCACACCAUGAAACGCACAUACGUAGAGCCGGAGCGCAAGGCCAAGUCGGUGGCUAAGAAGCCCAAGGUAAUUCGGAAGCUCAGUUACGAGGACGAGGUCACUACCUCGCCGGUACUGGGUCUUAGGAUCAAGAAGGAAAGUCCAGAGUUAAAACCACCGGGAUCAUCCUCCGGUAAUAAGAAACCGUUAGGUGAAUUCAUCUGUCAGCUUUGUAAGGAGGAGUACCCGGACCCGUUCUCCCUCGCACAACACAAGUGCUCUAGAAUCGUGCGCGUGGAGUAUCGCUGUCCUGAAUGUGACAAAGUUUUCAGCUGUCCUGCUAACCUGGCCUCCCAUCGCAGGUGGCACAAGCCUCGCCCAACAAACAACGAAGAGGCAACGAAAAAGAUGCAAUUGGAGACACGAACCCACGAUCGACAGUCGGUGGAGGGGAAGGAGAACGCGAGCGAGCUGAGGGUGAACAAUCAGCACCAAAGCACAAUGGAGAGCUCCCAGUGUAAGCGCGCGCUGGACAGCUCCCACAGUCAGGAACAGCUUCUGCGCGGGAGGUCACCGGAUCCACCACCGUAUGAUCAUCGCUAUAGGACCAUCCCGGAAAAAUGUAUCGACCUGCACAACAGGUCGACGGACAGCCCUAGCCUUCUGCUCUGUCCCGAGUCGCCUGAGAUGACCGCGUCUCCGUUUCUAGAACCACCCGGAGCCGAGGAGAUGUACGACUGCCGUUACUGUGGCAAAAAGUUCCGUAGACAGGCUUAUCUCAGGAAACACCUUGCGGCACACGAGACAAUCAAAGCUUCUCCGUACACUCAGUUAGAGAACGGACACAUCACUUUCCCGUGUCACUUGUGCGGAGCGCACUUCCCCUCCGCUGAGAUCCGAGACAAGCACAGACUCUGGCAUGCAAUGAGAGACGAGCUCCUUGUGGGGCCGACAGGGAAAAACGCGGGGCCCGGGGUUUUGGUAAGACCAGAGCUGACACAGGGGGACCAGCAGAUCUACACUUGCAAGCACUGUCCGUCCACCUUCUACAGCUCACCCGGGCUCACUCGCCACAUCAACAAGUCGCACCCAACCGAGACGCGGCAAGUGAUGCUGCUACAAAUGGCGGUUCGACCCGGUUGCUAGAGUACAAUAAUAUGGUUGUCUUUUGUAAUGUAUUACAUUGAAGUUGGUAUUUUAUGAUUUGUGUAACAAGGUAAAAACGUCAUCACAUUAAUUUGCAAUUAUUGAAGCUGAACACACUAACACUGCCUGCUGCAGCGAAGAGGGUACAAUUAAACCUUGCUGAAAUAGUCCAGAGUUAUGUCAUAAGUGUGUAAUAAAAAGAGGGAUUCUGAAUAUUCUGAACAUUUAUCUAAUGUAGUUCCUAUGGAAAGUGUGUUUGUUUGAUGUGGCAUUCCUAUGUAAGCAAGGCUACCAAGACGUAUUUUCAUACAGAAAAUCAAGCUUAUUGUUAGUAUAUAAAAUCUUUUUUUUUCUUUUGUGGUAAAAAAUGUCUUCAUAAUGGUCUUACAGU